AUGAAUUAUUUCACUCACGACCAAAGCAAGAUUCCUCCGAGAUUUCUGGAUUUGGAAAAAUAUCGAUGCGAGUUUUGCCCGAAACAUUUUCCAUUUCCAUUCGCUUUAAAACGUCACGAGAAAAGUCACGCGGGAGAAAAACUGUUUCAGUGUGAUGAUUGUUUUCGAAGAUUUACACGAGAGGAGAAAUUAUACAAACACAAGCGAAUAAUUCAUUCGACAGUAGAAAAACAAUCUUCGUCUCAGAAAACUGCUGGUAAAGGCACAUCAAAAAGUUUUAAAAUCUCGGAACAGAGUGAGAUGCACUCUUCUUCUGAAAUCUCAGCAGAGAGUUCGAUGCAAGAGGAACAUCUUGAAACAAACGAGAAAGAUAAGAGUUUGAAAUUUUCUGAAAAAUUAUGGCAAUGUCAUCAAUGUCGCAUUACUACAAACUCCGAGAAACAAUGGUUGCUACAUAAACAAACACACGUUGAUGAAGUCCCUUGCACGUCAAAGGAACAAGAAGAAACCGAUCCAGAAGUGGUCAGAGCACCCGAAAUUCUCGUCGACACGAGAAAAAAAAGUUUGGAAGAGAUAAAGGAACAAAAGGAAUCGCCUGAUUCCGAUACUCCGCCAACAUUACAAUAA